UGAAAGGAGGAUAAUAUUUUUAAGAGAGUUAAAUUCUGAAGCUGUAACUAUUAAUCCGAUUAUAACUGAUGCACGAACUCCACAGAGUACGCACACGAUCUCAGCUCCAGAGUUACUAAGAGAGCACAGAACUGAGAUGAGUAGACAGUCUCCGCCGCGGACACGAUCUCAACUCCACCGCACACCGCCGGAAUCCUCUGUCACAGCAAGUCCGCCGCCAUUCAGACCUACUACUAGAUCCAUGUCCCUGAAGCGCAAGUACGAAGUCGGUCAACCCUCUACCGUCAAGAGGAGAGCUCAAGCAGUCACUUCUAUGAAUACAAAGGCUCCACGCUCAAGAGCAGCUCAAAAUGAGAUCAAGAAACAAUCGCCCCUUCAUAGUGCUUCUACUGAUGUUAACAUUAAGUCACAGAACAGUGGUGGCAGUCAACACUCAAACUUCCUCUGCGGCAUUUGCUUCAACUACAAACCACUCUUUCAUAUGUUGAAUUUUGACGAGUGUAACCACGCCUUCUGUUUUGUAUGCAUGGCAAAGCAUGUGACCUCCCAAUUAAACCAAAACAUUGUGAAGGUCACCUGUCCACACCCUAAUUGUCCCAUGGAGCAAACCCCCAUAUCUGUGUUCCUCAUUUUUGUCAAGAAAGUGAUUGAAUUGGGGACAGCUUUAUGCGAGUCAACAAAUUCCCUGAAGCACAAGUACGAAGUCGGACAACCUUCUACCGCCAAGAGGAGAGCUCAACCAAUAGCUUCUAUUGAUGCAAAGGCUCCACGCUCAGCAGCUCAAAAUCAGAUGAAGAAUAAACAACCGCCCCUUCAUGUUGCGUCUACUGAUGUUAACAUUAAGUCACAGGACAUUGGUGGCAGCCACUCAAACUUCCUCUGCGGUAUUUGUUUUGACUACAAACCACUCUCUGAUACGUUUAAAAACGAAAAGUGUAACCACGCCUUCUGUUCUGGAUGCAUGGCAAAGUACGUGACAACCCAAAUAGACCAAAACAUUGUCAAGGUCACCUGUCCACACCCUAAUUGUUCCUUCGAACAGAACCCCCAAUCUUUGCACCCCAUUUUGCCCCGGAAAGUGAUUGACAAGUGGGACACGGCUAUAUGCGAGUCAACGGUUUCGGCGUCUCAUAAGACUUACUGCCCCUUUAAGGACUGUUCAGUUUUGUUAGUCAAAGACAGGGGAGAAGUUGUGACUCGCUGUGAGUGCCCCUCUUGUCAUAGGCUGUUUUGUGCACAGUGUAGGGUUCCUUGGCAUGCAAGGGUUACCAGCUGUGAGGAAUACCAAAGGAUGCAGAAAAGGACUUAUGUUGAUCAAGAUCUGGAUAACAAGUUCUUUAAGUUGGCCAAGGAUAGAAAUUGGCGAAAAUGUCCGUAUUGCAAUAUGUUUGUGCAGAGAGAUGGAGGAUGUGAACACAUGGCUUGCAGGUGUGGAGGUGACUUCUGCUAUCAUUGUGGGAAGAAUUGGACGUUUGGACAUAUUUGUGAGAAGCGUUAUUCCACCUGAAGAAGUGUUGGGUGUUAGGGGAGACAAAAUGGAGAUUCUGAGUUUCAAUAUUGGCAUCAGUUGUGUUUAUUGUUCAUUUCUGUCCAUGCUAUUAGGUUACUUCAAUGCCUUGUUUUCAACUAUGAAUUUCUUGUCAAUGUUUGUCCUUCCCAUUAUUUAUGUUUUGUGAGACUUGAAAUGAAGAUACUAAUUUUAGAAAACGCUUGAGGUAUAUAUGGGUGGAGCUAGGGGCCUUUAUUAUUAGGACCAGACUCAUAAUUAAAAAGAAAGUACAGAGUAUUUUAUAUCGCAAA